CUCUAACUCUGAACUGAUAGUUAAAAAUAAGUUCAUUUAUGUAUUGCUUGUUUAAGUACCGUGAUGUGAUUGAUGUGAUUAGAUGUUAUAGCAUGUACAGUGAAGUGUUUACAUGUUAUAGUGUGUACAGUGAUGUGAUUAGGUGUUAUAGUGUGUACAGUGAUGUGAUUAGGUGUUUGAUUAGGUGUUAUUGUGGGUACACUGAUGUGAAUAGGUGUUUGAUUAGGUGUUAUAGUGUGUACACUGAUGUGAAUAGGUGUUUGAUUAGGUGUUAUAGUGUGUACACUGAUGUUAUUAGGUGUUUGAUUAGGUGUUAUUGUGGGUACACUAAUGUGAAUAGGUGUUUGAUUAGGUGUUAUAGUGUGUACACUGAUGUUAUUAGGUGUUUGAUUAGGUGUUAUUGUGGGUACACUGAUGUGAUUAGGUGUUAUGGUGUGUACACUGAUGUUAUUAGGUGUUUGAUUAGGUGUUAUAGUGUGUACAGUGAUGUGAUUAGGUGUUUGAUUAGGUGUUAUAGUGUGUACAGUGAUGUGAUUAGGUGUUUGAUUAGGUGUUAUUGUGUGUACAGUGAUGUGAUUAGGUGUUAUAGUGUGUACACUGAUGUGAUUAGGUGUUAUUGUGGGUACACUGAUGUGAUUAGGUGUUAUAGGGGGUACACUGAUGUGAUUAGGUGUUUGAUUAGGUGUUAUAGUGUGUACAGUGAUGUGAUUAGGUGUUUGAUUAGGUGUUAUUGUGGGUACACUGAUGUGAAUAGGUGUUUGAUUAGGUGUUAUAGUGUGUACACUGAUGUGAAUAGGUGUUUGAUUAGGUGUUAUAGUGUGUACAGUGAUGUGAUUAGGUGUUUGAUUAGGUGUUAUUGUGGGUACACUGAUGUGAAUAGGUGUUUGAUUAGGUGUUAUAGUGUGUACAGUGAUGUGAUUAGGUGUUUGAUUAGGUGUUAUUGUGGGUACACUGAUGUGAAUAGGUGUUUGAUUAGGUGUUAUAGUGUGUACACUGAUGUGAAUAGGUGUUUGAUUAGGUGUUAUAGUGUGUACACUGAUGUUAUUAGGUGUUCAGGUGUUACAGUGAUGUGAUUAGGUGUUAUAGUGUGUACAGUGAUGUGAUUAGGUGUUUGAUUAGGUGUUAUUGUGGGUACACUGAUGUGAAUAGGUG